CGCCCAGAAUGAAUGAGCCCACGCAGGAGGUGAACCCGGACAGGAAUGAGUUGAAGGGGAAUGUCCCCACCAGCAGGCAGUACAGGAACUGCAUUGCCCCGGUGAGCAGGAUGUACAGCAGGUAGGCGUCCAGCAGCUUGAGCCGCUGAGGAGUGGAGCUGACAUACUCCUCCAAGAAGCGGGACACGACGGACAGCACAGACACCGACAUGACUCGAGGCACCGGGGGCCUGCUGUACGGAGCGGAAGUGACGGCUCGGAAGUGCUCCCUGGAUCAGACGUGGCGUUCAGGAACUGGGGGUGACGUCACUGUAACAAGGCGGAAGCCGCUAGAACACCGGGAGUGAACUGAGCUUGCUGUCAAUCAUCGGACGAACGGAGUGUGACAGCACAGUUACAGACAGCAUAGAAUAAUGCAUGAGAGUAAAUGGCAUUUCUCAUUCAGCCAUGGCUGCUUAUGGAAAUAAAACUACAGUGCGUUUAUAUAGGAAGUAACGAUAAAUAGCGAGAUCCUUUAUACUCUGCAAGCAUUGGCCUUCCUGUGGCGCUGAUGAUGUCAGCCAAGCAGGCAGAUCAGGGGCAGAGCCAGCAGUGACAUCACACGUGACAUCACAUUAACAAAAUAAAGAGUUUCUGGAUCUCGCACAUCUGGAUCAUUCCUUUCCCUUCAGCUGCUGUGCUUUAGAUGAGGGGUUUUUAUACUGCUGCAAGUUAUGGAUGAUGUAAAAUGGGACUGGUGGGUUUGCAUUUGUGCAUUUGUAGUCAGCUCAAUGAGACUGUUAUGCUAAUUGUUCAGGUACAGAGUCAAAGAGCUACUUCCAUCUAGUUCAGCAUUAUUUAUUAGAUACCCAAAUCCAUGGGAGCUUUCCAAGUUCAUCCUAGUGCUGCAGAGGUAAGUAUGCUGUUUAUCUGCACUUAUCAAUGCAAUAAGGAGCCCUUCAGAGGCAUAUGAUAUGUCACUUCUGUGACUGCUCUGCUUUAAAAGGAUGACCAAUAUUAAAAAAAAGUAUCUAUAUAUAAUGGGACACUGUUCAUCUGCAGUGCUUCUCUACAAGGGGAAACUAAUUGUCACAUUGAAUAACAGCUGGAAGUUGUUACUAAGAGGAUUUAUAAAGUGCAGAUUUCUCUUGAAAUUGUUGAAUUAAUAGCAAACCUGCAGGGAUAGGCAAUUACAACCUAUAGGGUUAUAAUUUUUGUUUGUGUGUUUAAAGAGGAACUUUCACUAGUGAUAUUUUUACACAAUCUCACAGCUAACUGAAAGUGAACUUAGGCUAUGCUAAAUUUCAGUGUUAAUUUUUUAAAAUUUACAUGCCUUCCCAGGGAUGCCAUGUACUGUACAUUAAAGGAACACUAUAGAGUCAGGAAUGUAUUUUAAAAGCACCGUUUAGGUUCCCGGUCCUCCUCUCCUUACUUUACAAAGAUGAUUUUACUCACUGUUUUUCCAGUGGUGUGGCUAGUCCUCACCAUUUCCACCUCUGAGGCUGAAAUCAUCAAACCUGAUGAUUUCAGCCAAUCCAGUGCUUUUGUUCUUCAGCGGCAAAAUGCCACGUUGUGCCAAUCAGCAUCUCCUCAUAGAGAUGCAUGGAAUCAAUGGGGAGCAUUCAGCGUCUGUGAUGCACUGACCCAGGAAGAAUCUCUAGUGUCUGCCUGAGUGACUGCCACUAAAGGUGUUACUAGGGAAUAAUGUAAAUACUGCAUUUUCUCUGAAAAGGUUUUAACAACAUAAACUAUGUAGAUAGCAUGGUGCAAAAAAGGUGUUCUAUCGCCAUUUCUUUGGACACAGUGGCUUAUAGCUGUACCAAUUUGUAAACAUUUUGCAGUUAUAAGUCUUUCACUCAAACAUGUCACAGGUGAAAACUUUAAAGGAAACUCCACUGCCACCCCCAAAAACUAAUAAUCACUUUUUAGAAGAUAUACCUCCAAUCAAAAAACAUGCAUGCCUUUAAUUAUGCAUUUUUUGUCAUUAGGAAUAUAUCCAGAGCUGAUGCUGGGGUUGUGCAGACUGCUCAGGUGCUCUGUAGAUAGGCGGAGUGUGCAGUUUUAUGCUACGCCCCUUAGGUAGCUACUGCCCUCUCUGCUGCUCGGCGUCGGUCAUGUGAGUGCAGGCCUAAUCAGAGGGUAUGGAUCUACUUGAGGGGCUUAUCUCUGCACACCUUGCCUAUCUACAGAGCACAUUGGCAGACCGCACCCCUCCAGGAUCGGCUCUUGAUAUAUCUAAAAACAGUUUGCAAAAGUUGUCGAAUCCUUUGCAAGCAAUACUCUUCUAACCUAGCCCAGACUUUAUGUGGCUGUACAAUCACAGAUUUUCCAAUGCAGCUUACAAGGCAGGUGCUCCGGGCAAUUGCUGGCCCUUGGGGUUAACUCCACUGAGCUAACCAAAGGAAGCAACAGGAUAAGUCGUGUGGUUGACAGUCAGAGGAUGGUAACAAGGUUAAAAGUUUUCCAACUCAGAUAUAGUGACAGUUUCUACUAACUGUCCCACUUUUGUAUUGUCAUUGUUGCUAACUGUCCCACUUUUGUAUUGUCAUUCACAUGUUUUGGCCUCCUGUCCCGGCAAAAGCAGGUGCUGGGACCUAUCCCGUAUACCUGGAAACUAAGAGAGCCGCUCAAAUCAAAAUAGUGGUAACUGUUUAUGCACAAGUAAGUUAAACGAGAAAGUGAGGUACAAACUAACUUUGUGUGUUCUACAUAAUUAAAUAUCGCGGCAAUAAAUUAUUUAAACAAAUUUUUUAAACAAAAAAAUAUUCCAGAGAACCAUCCAUAUUUCUUUUCAGAUUAAUUUAAACUUCUUCAGGGCUAGACUAAGAGUUUGUCAAUUGGACUCUAUCAGUAAACCGAGGAACUACAUGGAUUGAGAGGAGUUUAAGACCAGCUUCUUUCAGUUGAUCCAGAGCCAAGACCAGCAAGAUUUUGAUGGUCCAAGACAUCUGAAUGCAUCUUGACCAUCCAGUCUCUGGGUUUCAAAAUAUCCCUCAAGCAGUGGUUUUCUUCCAUUUUCAAGUAAUUGUAUUGGAUUCACUGAUUCAUAUUUAUGUCUUUUUUUACAAACGAGGAAAAUAUAGCUGAGAUAUCCACCUUUUACUUGCAAUAGUUAGUGUUGUCUGCUUUGAAAGCAUGGAUACAGGGCUUUGUAAUUUGUUUAUCCUGGUAAUUAUGUCCUGAAAUGCAAUCUCUCCCAAAAUAUUUGGUGUUGAAAAUGUUUUUUUAGUGAUAGCUGAACUUUAUCCAAUGAGGAAAAAUCUCCCAUAAACAUGCUAACACUUGUUAUACAAGGUCAUUGGCUGCAUUUCCUGGUGCUUCACAAGCCAUUUGAAUUAAUUGGGGGUCUAGUUUCAAAUCAACAGCCCAUUUUCUCUCAGAGGCCAACGCUAUAUGGUACUUCCUAAAAUGCAAAACACUCUUUGCUUCCAUCCCAUAGCAUAUGAAUAAGUGCAGGUCUACCAGUUUUAAAGACUCUUAAUAAGAUCAAACAUUUCAGCUAAUAGUCAAAUCAUAUCCAAAUGCCUAUCCUGGUAGCUCUCUAAAGAGGGGUCUAUUCCCUUCUAAGUGUCCUUCCUAGAUUUUUAAGCUAUUGCACUAUAGACAUGUGAAAUUCGUUUUGGUCCAAAUUUAAAUUCGGACAAAUUUCGUCAAUUCAGACAUUCGGAUGCUUCCAAAGUGCCGAAUUACCGAAGUGCCAAAGUGUCGAAUUUUGGAAGUGCCGAACCAAAUUUCCAAAGUGCUUCGGAAGUGGCAAAACAGAAGAGGGAGGGAACAUUAAGGGAAUGAUGACAGGAAUCUAACCCUAGCCCUAAUCCUACCCCUAACCCUUACACCAACCUUCCUCUACCUAUAACCCUAACCCUACCUCUAACAGGAAACCCUAACCUUUACCCCAACCUUCCCCUAACCCUUACCUCAUCCUUCCUCUAACCCUAGUAGGGUUAGGGUUAUUGGGUAGGGGUAGGGUUAGGGAAUUGUGUAGUCUCGAAUUCCUGAAGUGCCAAAUUGUCAAAGACCUGAGUUUUGGAAGAACCAAACCAAAUUUUUGGCCCAUGCACAUUCAAACGUUGGCAACUGUGCCUUUGCAAUAAAAGUUAUUUGAGUGCACCUCCCAGGUAUUAGAUAACUGAUUAACACAAAUCCAUUGUUCGGAGCACAGCCGGAUCCACUGAGCAGAACUACCAACCGAGAUCUUGGCCAAUAAAGGGAACAGAUACUGCCCUGCGGCCCAGUCUCCAAAGGGAGGGGAUCAUGCUCUGCUUCAGUAUGUCACAGUGCAUGUUGGUAUUCAUGGUUCCCUCAAUGAACUGUAGCUCCCCAGUGCCGGCAGCACUCAUGCAGGCCCAGAUCAUGACACUCCCACCACCAUGCUUGACUGUAGGCAAGACACACUUGUCUUUGUACUCCUCACCUGGUUGCCGCCACACACGCUUGACACCAUCUUAACCAAAUAAGUUUAUCUUGGUCUUAUCCGACCACAGGACAUGGUUCCAGUAAUCCAUGUCCUUAGUCUGAUUGUCUUCAGCAAACUGUUUGCAAGCUUUCUUGUGCAUCAUCUUUAUAAGAGGCUUCCUUCUGGGACGACAGCCAUGCAGACCAAUUUGAUGAAGUGUAAUGUCUAUGCACUGACACGCUGACCCCCCUUCAACCUCUGCAGCAAUGCUGGCAGCACUCAUACGUCUAUUUCCCAAAGACAACCUCUAGAUAUGACGCUAGUCACGUGCACUCAACUUCUUUGGUCGACCAUGGUGAGGCCGAGGCCUGUUCUGAGUGGAACCUGUCCUUUGAAACCGCUUUGUGGUCUUGCCCACCGUGCUGCUGCUCAGUUUCAAGGUCUUGGCAAUCUUCUUAUAGCCUAGGUCAUCUUUAUGUAGAGAAACAAUUCUUUUUUUCAGAUCCUCAGAGAGUUCUUUGCCAUAUUGAACUUCCAGUGACCAGUAUGAGAGAGUGUGAGAGCGAUAACACCAAAUUUAACACACCUGCUCCCCAUUCACACUUGAGACCUCAAAACACUAACAUAGAGGGCUGGCACUCCAGGCCCAGACAGAAUGGGUCCUAGGCAGCCACCUAUGCCCCCUGUGGGUAAUCCAUCUCUCUGGCGGACUUUCGGUGUUGUUUACUAAACUAAGAAUUUUUGUGAAUAAAAAUAUGAAUUAUAAAAUUUAGACUUAUAUAAUUAAGCUCACAUUUUCCAAAAUUUGCAAAUAAAAUACCAGGGACACUUGUACAGCUAAUUAUUAGUGAAUAUAUGUUAUACACACUCUAUAUUCACAGAUACACAAACACUGAUACAUUCAUUCACUUACACUGUUAUGCACACACUAUAACAGCAGUUUUUGAUAGUAUGCAGGUGCCCCGAGCCCUGCCCUUCUAUGCCAUAGUUUUAUGGUUAGUUAAUCUGGCUGUGGCCAGCCCCAAAACACCAGCAGUCUGACCCUGCUUCUCUCUCUAGUAGCGUCUUGUUUCUUUUAUAUGCCAUAACUUUGGUACAGUGAAUCGUAAGUAUAUCUGGUGGUUUUACCAUUGAGCCCUUAUCAUAGACCCGAUACACAGGCUCUGGAUCAUAAUCAAUGUAUAUGAAUACUGUACCCUAAAAUUUCAUAUAUUGUAUAAGUAUUGUCAGUAACGUUUACUGCUAUAUGGGGUGUACACUUCAAUUUUUGUUUGUUUGUUUAAAUAAUGUAUUGUUGCGUGUUAAUUGAUGGUUAGAACACACAAAGUUUGUUUCCAUGUCACCUUCUCUUUUUAACUUACCUGUGAAUAUACCUUUAUUACUCUUUUGAUUUUGAGAGCUCUCUCAGUUGGCAGGUAUGUGGGACAGGUCCUGAGAUCUGCUUUUGCCGGGACAGGAGCCCAAAACAUAGGACAGUCCUGCCCAAAAAAGGACAGUUGACAACUGCAAAGAGUACCAGAUAUAUUAAGUAAGUCUUGCACAUUUAUUUGUAGUUUACAUAAUCAGCAAUCAUAAAAAGUCCUCUGGAGUACUUGAUUAUCUCCACGCACUUGGGAAUUUAAACCCUUGCACGAGUGCUAUAGCUAAGAUGACUUUUCUGUUUCUGGAACACUAAUUGUGGAGGAUAAAACUAGAACUUGUAGCACUAAGUAUAAAAACAAACAAAUGCAAUAAUGUCUCUAGAAUAAGGUUUAAACAUGGUGCUGCCGUUAGUGUCUUAUUCAGUCAGCUUCUUACUUGAUGCUAAAUCUUGCUUCUUUUUCUACCAGCUUCUCAUUUGAAGGCUUAAGUUUGCUUUCUAUUCGUCCAGCUUUUUAUUCAGAUUAGCUUCCUCUUUAUUCAGCUUCUUUUUCAUGAAAUUGAUUAUUUACUAAACAGAAAAUCAGAUCUUUCAGAUAUCAGAAAAUUUCCAAAAAGCCAAAUGAUAUUGAUUUUAAAAACAGGCAUCUUAGCAUCCAUGCACUUCAAUAAGUAACCAAGCAUUUCCUCUAUGAAAACCAUCCUCGCCCCUCAUUUUUUAAUAUGGCCUGACACAAAUUAUAUAGAUUGCAAAAUCUGACACCUUUACAUCCAUACCGUUUAAUUGGACAUUCUGAAUAAGUAGCCAGGCAUUUCUCCUAUGAAAAUCAUCUUGGCUUACUCUUACUUUAGCUUGUUUUCUAGUAAAUGGGCAUCACACUAAUAAAAAAAAUUCAAUCUGAUAUUAAUCACAAAAUAAGGCACCAAACCUGGCACCCUAACAUCCAUGCAUUUCAAUCAAAUUCUGAAUGUGAAUUUUCCUUAUGAAAAACAUCUUGGCUCAGCCAAAUCUGGCCUCUUUUCUAUUAAUUACGCAUUCCUCUAGAUCUAGAGGAAAAGGUUAAAACUGGCCUGAGCGACAUGGUAUUGCUUACAAAAUAUGGCACCAAACUUGGCACCCUAACAUCCAUGCAUUUCAAUGGGAAAUUCUGAAUAUGUAAUUAAAGGAUCACUAUAGUGUCAGGAAAACAAACUCAUUUUCCUGACACUAUAUAAUCCUUAGGUCCCUCACUCAGGGCCCCCUUCCUGCUGGACUGAAGGGGUUAACAACCCUUCAGCCACUUACCUUUAUCGAGCGUCGGGCUCCCUCAGCGCUGGUGACCUCUCCUCCCCCUCCAAUGUCAGUUUCCGAGUGGAGCCGAAUGCGCAUGCGCGGCCAGAGCUGUGCGCGCAUUAAAAAAGCCCAUAGGAAAGUGUCCAGUAGGAGAGAUCCUUGUAACUUGUCCCGAAAUCCCAGCUGAAGUAGAGCAGAGUAGUGAUUAUAGCUCUCAAUCCCCCAAACAUGAGUCGAGACUUCAUGAAGGGGUAAAAUGAUCUGUUUAAUGGACCUUUUAUGCAGGUCCUCCAGCAAGGGAUACUCCCACAGGGACCUUGUGGAGGAUUGAAACACAAGUUACAGUAACCAAUCAUUUUACAGUGCAAUAUAAAACACACCCACAUAAACAAUGAAAUCCCUCCUCUCUAUCCUGGAGAUAAUUGGGUUAAGUGGCAGGAAUAAACUUAAUUAUCUCCAGGUAGAGAAAAUAUUUCCAUUUUACAAAUGUAACAAAAUCCAUUAAAAUACAUAACUCUUAUUUUACCGAACGCAACCCCCACAUUUGACAUAUCCCCAGAUAGCUUGGAUCUGAGCACUCAAUAUAGACAAACAGCGCUCAGAUCCCAUGAACACAGUCAUAUCGCCACGGAGCUAACAAGUCUGUUCACCGACUGUUUGUUAGAAAUAUGCCCAAAAGUAGCUCCAUGGAUUUAGCUAUCUGGGUCGGUUCAGUUCGUUUGUUUUGAAUGUACCGAACGGCACGGUUUAGAAUGGCCGCCGCCACGUGUUUGUUCAAACGAACGGCGACCACCCACAAUUAAUAAGCUGCACACUCCCAUUGCGUGUGGUCUGGCUGUUCGCUAGUUUAUUCGUUUUUUAAGAAAAGGGAAUGAAAUAAGGCUAACUACACGAAAAGCAGACAAAAUAAAGAGUCCUAGUGUUCACAAAGCAGGGUUUUGUUACAGAAAGCAUUUCUCAAUGCUUUCCUAUGGACGUUCUGCAUGCUCAAUGCGAUUUUCAUUGAGCUGAAGUGGUCUGGGUGACUAUAGUGGUCCUUUAAGCUUUUCCUUAUGAAAAACAUUUUGGCUCACCCAAAUCUGUCCUCUUAUCUAUUAAUUACACAUUCAUCUAUAGGAAAAGGUUAAAUCUGGCCUGAGAGACAUGGUGUUGAUCACAAAAUAUGGCACCAAACUUUAGGGUUAAUUCAGCCUCUAGUGGCUGUCUCAUUGACAGCCGCUAGAUGCGCUUCCGUGCGUCUCACUGUGAUUUUCACAGUACGAAGACGCCGGCGUCCAUAGGAAAGCAUUGAGAAUGCUUUCCUAUGAGACUGGCUGAAUGCGCGCGCGGCUCUUGCCGCGCAUGUGCAUUCAACCGAUGACGGGAAAGGAGGAGGAGAGUCUCCAGCACCGAGGGAGCCCGGCGCUGGAGAAAGGUAAGUGUUUAACCCCUUCCUCUCCAUCCAGGCCGGCGGGUGGGGGCACCCUCAGGGCACUAUAGUGCCACUUUAGGCACCCAGACCACUUCAGCUCAAUGAAAUGGUCUGGGUGCCAGGUCCAUCUAGGAUUAACCCUGCCUGCUGUAAACAUAGCAGUUUCAGAGAAAACUGCUAUGUUUACUUUAGGGUUAAUUUACUUUAGGGUUAAAGCAUUGAGAAUGCUUUCCUAUGGACUGGCUAAAUGCGCGCGCAUGCGCAUUCAGCCGAUGACGACCGAAGGAGGAGAAGAGUCCCCAGCUCCGGGUGAGUGUUUAACCCCCUUCCUCCACCUUCAGCCCAGCGGGAGUGGGGCCAUGAGGGUGGGGGCACCCUCAGUGCACUAUAGUGCCAGGAAAACAAGUUUGUUUUCCUGGCACUAUAGUGGCCCUUUAAGCACUGAACAAGCAAAUUCGUAUCAAGUUGGAUAAUUGGACCAGGUUGUUUUCCUUUGGAUACAUUUUUUGUCCAUUGUGAAGAGUGCUUUGGAAAUGGCAAUUUUGCCAGAAUGUGAAAGAUUCUUUACAAUCUUUUGGCGCAUGUGCAACCUUUGGGUCGUCAAUAUGGAUCAUGAUGGGGGAUCUUUUGAAGUUAUCACUAUUAGUUGUGUAUUUUUCAUGUUUAAAGUGAAAAAAUAUUUCACCUGUUGCAUGAGUUUAACUAGGAAGAUUAAACUAUAUAUAUAUUGUUCAUUUUAUUCUUUAUUACAAGCUUUAUUUCUACCAUGGAUUCACACAUUCGUUCCUUCAUCAUGGUGACACAGCACAAACUGAUGUCACACACUGAUGCAAAUAAAACGAAAUCACAGGUUUCCACCCAUAACAAUAACUUGUGUAAGCUCUACACCUACUUUACUCUCAAACGAUUAUAUUUGCCCUCCUACUUCCUAUGAAAGCCCCUCCCUAUGGCAAUACUGAAUCCAUGUUAUUAACAUUCUUCCCACUGCCUAAUGCUGUCAUUUAGAAUCCUGCCUACUUUUGUUGUUCUCAGCAUUCUAUCCACGCCCCCUGCUAGUCUCAACAUUCUAUCCACGCCUACUGUAAAUAUUUUGUAAUCUCUCAUCGUUCUCAGUCCUCCUUCAUACUUUCACUCCGCCCAUUGCCAAUUUUUUCCUGUUUCUGUGCCGAUCAGCUGCUGUCCGUGUUGUGUAAUGCCUGGACUUCAGGAACCAAAUCCUGUGAUGGCCGAGGAGCUGGAGGAACAGUAAGUGGAUUUUCCUCUGUUUUGAAUGGUGUUUUAUCAGUGUGGGGGAAUGUAUCGCGGUAUAGAGAUGGAAUGAUCCUUUGUUAUACAAUGGAGAAAGAGACACGGAAAGAGGAACCCCCCCUCAGUAUGAACUGUUUAGUCUUGUUAUAUAAAUGGAAACGUGGAGACAGCCACAGGUGUCUGUUGAGCGUUAUCAUGUCUAAUAGCUAGCAGGGCUGCUGAUGAUUUCCUACACUGACAUGGAUAACGGGAUUGCUCUGUAAAGUUCAGCAUGUACCGCUGUUUGGACGGAUUAGGUUCCCUGUCAGAAGCUGUUUCCUCUCACACUACAUCAGAACCCCCCUCCCUCUGGAUCAUUGUACCAGCAGAGCCUGCUCUAUGGGGUCCUGCAAGGUAUGUAAAGUUACGGUUACAGUGAACUUUACAGUUCGGGGCUUCACCACAGCAAUGGGAAAUCGGACUUAAAGGGCUAAAUUUAGGAUUUAAACUGGGGUUAGAUUUAGGGAGGUUUUUUUUUUUCUUUUUCUAUUUAUACAUUAGUGUAAUUUAGGGGGAACAGUUAGAUUUACAAUGGUGUCUAGUAUAGAAGGGUUAGGUGUAGAAUAAUAAUUGAGUAAGGCUAAACUAGUUACUAAGCAUAAUUUUAGCCUUUACACCUUAAACCUAAAUGUAAGUGUAAUAAUAAGUUUACUUACCUCGCAGGACCUCACUGAGCAACCUUUUCAGUCACCCUGAUCCCGAGGGAGAGCUUGUUUAAGGGAACACAGAACACCAUUCUGUUUUUCGCAACAUAAGAGUGGUCAGUCACUCUGGAUUAUUUACUACACUAAUUUGUCAUAAUAGAUUAUCCUGGUGUGCACUGGAGGCUUUCAGACAACUACAAAGCAAGCAACAUUAGUUAGUGAAAGUUUUGUUUUCAUGUUUACUUUGACUGGUGUCACUGUCCUAUCAACACAUAUAGAAAGAAUAACAAACAGGAAGUGAAAAUGUAUUUUAUUUAUAAAAUAUUUAUCCAGGAAGUAUUCAUUCAGAUUUCUAUUGUUUUUAAAUAUGUCCUGGGUACACAAAUCUUGCAUUGAUACAACAGUGUACAAUAUAAUAUAAAAAAAAAAUACAAAAUAUUAAAAUACACACAUAUACAUUUAACACAUAAGAGGUAAGAAAUAUAGUCAACCAUUAUUACAAUUGCAUUCUGUUUUGAGAUAUGUUGAUCUCUUUAAGGAUUUUAGACUGGAUAUGAUUUAUGUCUGUGAGAUUAUUUCAUAAUUGUGGUGCUCUCUGGGAAAUGAGGGUCAAGAAUGAAAAUGGGAAGUUGGCACAGACUGCUAGCUUAAUUAUUAUAUGGGAAUCAAUAACCUUGUUUCAGUACAGACCAAUGACUCUGCAUGUAAUGGCUGUGAAUGUCAUGUUUGCAUUGUACUUCUGUGACCAUAAGUGGCAUUACCAACCAUGUAGUCAAAGCAGCUUCCAAGAGCUGUCACCUCAGGGGCUAAUUCAUUUAUUUGCACAGGUAACUAGAUAAACCUGUAGUUUCUGUAAAACAGCACGGUUUACAUUUGUCAGUACAGUUCUACUGACUGUCAAUAAGAAAGCCACUUGAGGCACCUCCUUGUGAAGACUUUUGAUAAUCUUGCUAGGCAAGGAUUAAAGGGGAGUUUUAUUUUUCACAUUCCCAAGAGGGGGCUGAAUCUAAUAAUUUUAAUGAACACCCUAACGUCAUGAAAUAAAGACAUACAUUUAUCACCUUAGAAUGCCCAUUUAGUGUGAAUUUAAAGUGAUUUACAAAAUAGCAAAGCUGAAAACUGUUACUUGGUACCAGUUUUGGAAAAAUAACGUCCAAAACUAUUUUUUGAAUUUACUUACAUACUUGUUUUCCUGGCACUAUAGUGCCCUGAGGGUGCCCCCACCCUCAGGGUCCCCCUCCCGACCGGCUCUGGGGAGAGGAAAUGGGUUAAAACUUACCUUUUCUCCAGCGCCGGGCGGGGAGCUCUCCGCCUCCGAUCCUCCUCCCCUCCUCCCUUUCGGCUGAAUGCGCACACGCGGCAAGAGCUGCGCGCGCAUUCAGCCGGUCUCAUAGGAAAGCAUUUAUAAUGCUUUCCUAUGGACGCUUGCGUGUUCUCACUGUGAGACAGCCACUAGAGGAUUUGAGGGCUGGAUUAACCCAUUUAUAAACAUAGCAGUUUCUCUGAAACUGCUAUGUUUAUAAAAAAAAAAAAAAAUAUGGGUUAACCCUAGCUGGACCUGGCACCCAGACCACUUCAUUAAGCUGAAGUGGUCUGGGUGCCUAGAGUGGUCCUUUAAGCCAAUAACCAGAUAAAGAUUUAUAAAUGUAGUUAUUUAUUAAAGUAAUGCCAGAAUGCAAACUUGGGACAAUAUGGGUUUCAAAUGCAUCUGGACAUCUUUGUGAUUUAUUCCCUAGGGUUGGAUUAUGGAGAAGUAACAUAGGAAUUGAACAUUUCAGAUCUGAGCUGAAAAAAAUUGUUUACAUUUUUAUUCAUACUAAAGAGACACAUCAAACACCAAACAGCCCACAGUAAUGGUUAUCGUGCAAGGAGUGCUCUGACACACUUUUAGUGUAAGUAGUUGGUGAGUGGGGGUUUUAAAUUAAUUGUACAGUGGGGGGUGGGCAUGGUCCACAUGGCCAUCUUCCACCCCAUUCCCUACAGGUGGCUAGGUUCCCCUAGCCACCUCCCAUUAAAUGAAGCCUAUCAUUUUACCUAUCAACUGUAAAAAAUAAAUAAAAUAUAUAUAUAUAUAUAUAUAUAGUUAAUACAAUGCUAAACAAAAAUCUGCACACCAGUCAAGCCAUAAGACUUGCUUUUCCCACAGAAAUCCCAAAUCAGCAGUGAUGUUACAACCGCAAAGGAUUCUGGGUGGGCAUAUGCAAAUUAGUUUAACAAAGAAUCACAUUUAUUUUUUACAGUCUUUUUUUUCAUAUAUACUUAUAUAUAUAAUUUUCUUUCAACUCUUCUUUUCUUCUGCCCUUAAAGUCAAAUUAAAAUCCACAAUUCCAGGCGCAACUAAUGGGAAAAACCAAAAACAGAUAUGAAAAAAAUCCAUAUUUGCCCUACAAGGGCUCAGCACAACUUACAUAGUGUAAGUGUAGUUCUGCUAGCACUGUAUGUAAUUGUAUUAUUCACCUAUAUGCAUCCCUCUUUUUCCCCUCUGGUUUCCAACUGACCUAUGACCCCUUCCUUCUUUUAUUGAUAUAUUUGAAUAACCAUCCCUUCAUCUCUGUGCCUAGAUACAUAUCCCCCUCCCUCAGCUUUAUUGCAAGCCUAUGUGACCCUCACAUAUCUUUAUUCAACAGCCUGAUUUCAAUACUGCUGUAAGAAAGUCUGAUACCUGGCCAACCUACCCCAUGCUCAUUAUUACAUUUAUAGAAGUAAAAAUAACAGGUGUACACAUUGCCUCUUAUUAGUACACUCCUGCACUUUCUUAACCCAUAUAACGUAAUAUUUACCCUAAAUUCACCUGCUCUUGAUAUUCCAAUUAUUUCCAAUUUACUUUUUCCCAGUUUAGCAAUGAUCUGUCUUCUCCUCCUCUUUAUUUCCUCCUUCUUCCUCAGUAUAAAGAUCUCUCCUUACACCCACUUCACUCAUCCCCCCCCAUCCACAUUUAUAUAUGCCCCUUUGUGCUACACUCCCCCUUCAUCUCCUGCCUUGCACUAAUUUUUCUACUCUCUCACCCCUACCCACAAUCGGUCUCAUCCUAGACCCCAUGCAUACAAACCCAUUCACACCUCCUGUUACUUACGCUCCUCCUACUUCUAGCAGCUGGUGAUGCCUCUCCUAAUCCAGGGCCCUUUAUCUUCUCUACACACACUAAGAAAACCAGAAACCUCAUCACAGAACCCUGCCCUUUACCCUCACUUACCAACAUUGUGUGCACGCUUAAAAGCCCGCUCCGUCUACAGUAAUUUAAAAUCAACAGCCAUACACAACUUUUUCAAACUCACUCACACUACUUGCACUUACAGAGACCUGGCUGCCCUCCUCUGAUAGCGCUACUCCUGCCUCUUUAUGUUUUGCUGGGCUACAAUUCUAUCCCACUCCUAGACUCAACUGCAAAGGAUGUGGUGUAGGCAUCCUUCUCUCCCCUCAAUAUACCUUUCAACCAAUCAUAACUGCCCCUGCCCUAUCAGUUUCUUCUUUUGAAGUUCACACUUUCUGCCUAUUUAAACCCACGCCUUUAAAAAUUGCUAUCAUCAUGACCCCUCCCUCCCCCCGGUCAUCCUAGGCUAUUCAUUGAGCACUGGCUUCCCCACUUCCUCUCAUCUAGCACUCCUUCCCUUAUACUUGGGGAUUUCAAUAUCCCUAUCAUCAACCCCAACUGCUAUGAUGCCUCUCGUCUGCUCUCUGUAACCUCCUCCUUUGGCCUUACGCAAUGGUCCAAUUUUUAGCAACCCAUACAGCGGGAAACACCCUUUAUCCCGCCUUUACCAAUCUCUGUACCGCCUCUAAUCUCUCCAAUAUUCCUUUUCCUCUGACCACCAUCUGCUGACUUUUGACAUCGGCAUACCUAAGACCCAAUUGACACCACCAUCUGAACAUCAAUCUCACAGAAACCUCCAAUGUCUUGACUUAGAACAUUUCUACACUACUCUCCAAACUCUCCUUUUACCUAUCUCAAACCUCAACUGUCCUAGCUCUGCAACCUCCUUCUACAAUUCCACCCUCUCCUCUCAACUUAGACAUCAUGGCACCUCCUACAUUUAAACGCUGCAAGCGCUCCCAACAACAACCUUGGGCCACCAAGCUGACUCGAUACCGCCAAAAAUGCUCCAGAACUGCUGAACUGUGCGUCUGACUUUCUCCACUAUAAAUUUAUGUUGCACUCAUACAGCUUGGCUCUUUCCUCUGUAAAAGUAAAUAACUUCAAUACCCUCAUAACCACACUCUCCCGCAAACCCAAACGAUUAUUUCACACAUUUAACUCUCUUCUUAGCCCUAUUGUUCCUCCUCCACCUACUAACUUGACCGCCUCAGACUUUGCAACUCACUUCACUGACAAGAUCUCUACAAUCAGAGAAGAGAUCUCUCAUCUUUCUUCUUCCCCUAACCUCACUCCCUCUGCUGUUCUAUGUUCAUUUACACACGCUACAGUGGAAGAGGUUUCUGCUCUGCUCCAGUCCUCCCACCCCACCACCUGCUCCCUAGAUCCAAUUUCCUUGCAUCUCAUCCAAACUAUGUCUUCUUCUUUCUCUACCUCUCUCUAAAAUUCUCAAUCUCUCUCUCUCCUCUGGCUUAUUUCCAUCGCCCUUCAAACAUGCAACUAUAGCCCCAAUUCCAAAGAAGCCCAACCUUGACCCUAACUCCCCAUCCAACUACCGUCCUAUCUCUCUACUGCCUUUUGCAUCCAAGAUCCUUGAAAGAGUUGUGUAUGCGAGAUUGACAGACUUCCUCAAGUUCAACUCUCUGCUAGACCUGCUUUAGUCUGGUAUCCACGCUAAGCCCUCUGUGGAAACCGCACUGAUCAAAGUAUCCAAUGAUCUACUCGCUGCAAAAUCUCAUGGUCACUACUCUAUCCUAAUUCUCCUUGACCUUUUUGCGACUUUUGACACUGUUGAUCAUCAACAUCUUCUUCUCAUCCUCCGCAAUAUCGGUCUACAAGCUAUUGCUCUCUCCUGGUGCUCCUCCUACUUCUCCCAGCGCUCUUUCAGUGUUUCUUUCUCUGGAUUUGCUUCUUCUCCUCAACUCCUCUCUGUUGGUGGCCCCCAAGGUUCAGUCCUUGGUGCCCUACUGUUCUCCAUCUACACUGCCUCUCUUGGUAAACUCAUUAGCUCCUUUGGCUUCCAAUAUAAUUUCUGUGCGGAUGACACGCAAAUCUACCUGUCCUCUCCUGAUCUCUCCCCGUCUCUCUUGACUAGUGUCUCUGACUGCCUCUCUGCUAUUUCUAACUGGAUGGCUGCCCACUUCCUUAAACUCAACUUGAACAAAACUGAAAUUCUGGUCUUUCCUCUCUCAAGUGUUGCUACUCCCGUGUCUGUCUCCCUCCAAGUCAACGGUGCUACCAUCAGCUCCACCACGCAGGCUCGCUGCCUAGGUGUUCUCUUUGACUUCGUCCUGUCCUUCACGCCUCAUGUUCAGUCGAUUGCCAAAUUCUGCCGCUUCCAUCUCAAAAAUAUUGUGCGCAACUGUCCCUACUUAACGCCAGAUGCAACUAAGGUGCUGGUCCAUUCCACUGUCCUUUCUCGCCUUGGCUACUGUAAUCUGCUUCUCAGUGGUCUUACGGACUCCCAGCUUGUGCCGUUACAGUCCAUAAUGAAUGCGGCGGCAAGGCUCAUCUUCCUGUCCGCCUGCACCUUCCAUGCCUCACCCUUCUGUCAGUCCCUACGUUGGCUUCCUGUAAGAUAUAGGGCUCAAUUUUAAAAUCCUGGUUCUUGCUUUCAAAUCUCUACAUAAUGCUACUUCCACCUAUCUAUCUUCUAGGCACUUACGCCUAUCUUCUGUCUGUACUCCAACUUCUGAUGCUCGCAUUCAAGACUUCUCGAGGGUUGCACCGCUCCCUCCUCCAUUAGAUGCUCACCUAGUCUUAUAUAUAUAAAUAUCAGGACAUAAUAGCAAUAACCUGUUCUUUAGCAGGUUUUCGAAUUAGGUAAAUUCAAUCUUCGAUGAACAGCAUCACCUGGCAUUGCACCGUUGACAUGAUUUAUGUAACAAAAAUAAAGGCAAGAUGGAGAAACCAUGUGCGAAUACCCUAAAUACACUUUAUUAUUCAAUAGCUUUUAGAACCACCUUAACCCCUGAAGGACCAAACUUCUGGAAUAAAAUGGAAUCAUGACAUGUCACACAUGUCAUGUGUCCUUAAGGGGUUAGAGGACGACUAUAGUGCCAGGAAAACAAACUCGUUUUCCUUGCACUAUAGUGUUAAUAGGUCGCCCCCACCCUCAGGGUCCCACUCUCGCCAGGCUCUAGGGGGAGGAAGGGGUUAAAAUCUUACAUUUUUCCAGUGCCGGGCUCCCUUGGCGCUGGGAACGCUCCUCCUCCUUCCGACAUCAUCGGCUGAAUGCGCAUGCAUGGCUAGAGCCGCUCGCGCAUUCAGUCAGUCCAUAGGAAAGCAUUCUCAAUGCUUUCCUAUGGACGAUGGCGUCUUCUCACUGUGAAAAUCACAGUGAGAAGCGCCUUUAGCGGCUGUCAAUGAGACAGCCACUAGAGGCUGGAUUAACCCUAGUGUAAAAAUAGCAGUUUCUCUGAAACUUAUGUUUACAGCAGGCAGGGUUAAACCUAGAUGGACCUGGCACCCAGACCACUUCAUUAAGCUGAAGUGGUCUGGGUGCCUAUAGUGGUCCUUUUAAAUAGCAAUACUUUGAAGUAAUCAUUAUAUGUAUGACUUUUUCAGUCUCUCACAUAGUUGUGGAAGAAUUUUGACCCACUCUUCUUUACAACAUUGCUUCAGUUCAUUGAGGUUUGCUGGCAUUUGUUUUUCCACAGCUCUCUUAAGGUCCUGCCACAGCAUUUCAAUUGGGUUGAGAUCUGGACUUUGACUGAACUUUUGCAACAUCUUGAGUCUUUUUUUCUUUUUCAGCCAUUCUGUUGUAGAUUUGCUGGUGUGCUUGGGAUCAUUGUCCUGUUGCAUGACCCAUUUUUGACCAAGCUUUAGAGUCAGACAGAUGGUAUUCUAGAAUACUUUGGUAUACAGAGGAGUUCAUGGUCAACUCAAUGAUUGCAAUGUUCCUAGGUCAUGUGGCUGUAAAACAAGCCCAAAUCAUAACCUCUUCACCACUAUGCUUGACAGAUGGUAUGAGGUGUUCGUGCUGAUAUGCUUUGAUUUUUGCCAAAUGUGACACUGUGUAUUACGGCCAAACAUCUCCACUUUGGUAUCGUCUGUCAAAAGAACAUUUUUCCCUAAGUCUCGUUUGUUCGGAUGCAACUUUGCAAACUUAAGCCAUGCUUUCAUGUUCUUUUUAGAGAGAAUAGACUUUCUCCAGGCAACCCUUUCAAACAAACCAUACUUGUUCAGUUAUUUUGUAAUUGUACUGUCAUGAACAUUAACAAUUAUCAUGCUAACUGAGGUCUGUCGAGUCUGAGAUGUAAUUAUUGGAUUUUAUUCAAUUUCUCUGAGCAGUGCACGGUCUGACCUUGCGGUGAAUUUGCUGGGACGUCCACUUCUGGGAAGACUGGCAAUUGUCUUGAAUGUUUUCUACUUUUAAAUAAUAUAUUUAUCACUGUAGAAUGAUGGACUUUAAAUUGUUUGGAAAUGGACUUGUAACCCUACCCUGUUUGAUAGGCAGCAGCAAUUGCUUCUCUAUGAUCAUUGCUGAUGUCUUUCUUGGUACACAUCUGAAUGCUCCAGACCAGCAAACUGCUAAAACCUUGGCUAUUAUAGAGUUGUUCACACAUGCUGAUGAUCAAUUAACCAAGGGCAUUUGAUUAGCAGCACCUGUCUGCUACCUAGCCUCUUAAUUCAUAUGGCAAUAAUAAGGGUGUACUGAGCUUUUCACACAAUGAUUUAUGGCAUUUUUACUUUAUUUAUGUUAAAUAAACUAUGACUCAGUGUAAUAUGUCAUGUGUUCAUCUGAAGUUGUAGUUAAAUAUUUUAAGACCAUCUAAGGAAGAUAUGAUUGUUGUUGUUGUUGUUGAGAGUGUACUUUUUAUUUCGUGUGUGUGUGUGUGUGUGUGUGUAUAUAUAUAUGUGUGUAUGUAUAUAUAUAUAUGCGUGUAUAUAAUAUAUAAUAUAUAUAUAUAUAUAUAUAUAUAUAUAUAUAUAUAUAUAUAUAUAUAUAUAUAUAUAUAUUAUUGCUUUGUCACACCUCUAGUGACAGUCAGACGGCCACUAGAGGUAUAUAAAAUCCUGAGAGUAGGGAGUAAGGGAAGGUAGGAAGAGGGAAACUAUAUUGUUAGUGGUUACAUUUUUAUGUUGGGUGACUGGUCAGCUCCUGCACUGUACUUAGAGUGGAAUCUAUUGACCUAUGAGCUAUAGGUAAUGGUGAACAACAAUAAAGAAUCAAUGUUUUAGCAGAUAUUUUGUCUUAUUUUGUACACAUUUAUUUUUCUCUUCACGUAUUCUCUCUUUUGUUUAUGUAUUUGUUUAUGUUUUAGUCUUCUAAUGUUUCUGCUUUGUGUUUUCACAGAUCACAGAGUUGGAUAAGUGGCUGGAUUCCGUCGUGGUGCCCAACCUCCAUGUCUAAACUAAAAGCUGUUGAGUCAAAGAUCCUUCAGUGUAAGAAAUCAUGAAAUAUACGUGUGUGUAUGUAUAUAUAUAUAUAUAUAUAUAUAUAUAUAUAUAUAUAUAUAUAUAUAUAUAUAUGUAUGUAUAUGUGUGUGUGUAUAUAUUAUAGCCUACCUGCAGCACCUAGCGCUAAUAAGUAAAAUGUAAAUGUUUAAAAUAGACAUCAUAUAAACAUACCUUCCACACGUCCUUCCUUCUCCAUGAUCAAAACCCUGUGUUACCUUUUUCUUCUACUGUUUGGUCCCUCAUACCAGGAGAUACAAAUUAUUGGUGUUUAGGAUGAGUACAUAAGUUCAGCAAUGCAUACAAAUGCUUUUAAACUUGUUUGUUGAAACAAAAUUAUAUUGUUUUGUUUUAAAUGACUGUUUCAUUUGUAUAAAUAACUAUAUGAAAGUCAUUCAAUCUCCUAAAAUGUUCUGUAACCCCACCACCCUGGUAUGCAUCCAGCUGCUUUAUUUUUAUUUUUUUACUUAUUAUUUGACUCUUGCCUUACCUUAGCUUACACCAAACUUGUCAUGCCCCCCUUUCUAUUAUCUAACAGAUUUUACCCCCACAAUCCUUUUUAGAUCUCUAUUUUUCUUCUGUAGUUUCCCCUAUACUUUUGACUGUUUGUUCUUUUUGUGCAAAAAUGAUCCAAUCAGUGUGCAUACAUGCAUAUACGUGCAUUUUGCAGUAUACUUCUAGGUGGGCAUUGGGGACCUAAUACGCGUGAGUGGCAAGCACCGCACGCAUCCAUGAUUCACCAUAGGCAUUGUACACAAUCGUUUCCUAUGGACCUCCGUGUCAUGUGACCAAGUUUUACUCUAUCAGUGCCGUGGAAGUGUUUCUAGUGGCUGUCAGAAAGACAGCCACUAAAAAUGGAUUUAACCCUGCAAUUUUAACUUUGCAGUUUCUAAAAAAAAAAAACACUAAUGCUUUGCAUUGUAAGGUUAAAAGGACAAGACCACUUUACUCAGGCAACUUCAUUGAGAUUGGGUGGUUUAGGUGACUUUAUUGUCCUUUAGCUGAAUAGAUAUGCGAAUAAAUUGUUUUGACAGUGGAGAAAGCAUUUGUUUUAUCACUCAAUAUUAACUAUAUGUUCUACACCUGUAAUGAACAAGCAUUAACCCUACUCUCCUUACAAAGAAGUGGGUAUUUUCGUGAAGGGGCACUAUAGUCACCAGAACCAUUAUAGCUUAAACUGUUACUCCAAUGACCAUGACCACUUUAGUGAUUUAAAAUGGCCAUGGUGCCUGAAGUCUGUAUGUGCAACAUAUGUCUUCCAUCAACAGUGCAAUGUUUCACUAUUCUUUCCGACAGCCACACUGAUAUUUAAAUGCCUAAAAUUUAACUGCCACUUUGUGUCAAUGUCUCUUCCCAAGUUUAAAGGGUAAUCCAGACGUAGUCCCCUUGUUCACGGUACCUAGAGGGGUAUCCACUAUACCUCACUGACUAGCCCUAACAAGGCUGAAACGAUAGUCUGGGGUUGCUGUAUUUCUCGUGCAGAGAAAGCUAGUCUGAAAUUUUGGGUGGGAUCAGUCUGAUAUGCAAAUUGACUUUGUUUUUUAUGUAAUAUGUAUCUAUGCAUGCAUGCACAUUUAUAUACAGCUUGAGAUCUGAGCUGGGACAGGCUAUUUGAGCUGUUGUCUGCAGUAAUGUAAACACAGCCUUUUCUAUGAACAGUUGAUAUGGUGACUAUAGUGUCUUAUUGUGCUUGUCAGAUUCUAUAACCGUACAAAAAUCUGUCAUUAGCACCAUUUUGAUAUUAAACUCUGUGGCAGAAAUGGUUCGCUCCUUAGACUUGGCAAUAUAGUCCAAUAACUAAUCAAUUAUUUAGGUUCAUUUAUGUAAUUUUUUAUAUUAUUAAAGGACCACUAUAGGCACCCAGACCACUUCAGCUCAAUGAAGUGGUCUGGGCGCAUGGUCCCCCUAUUUUUAACCCUGCAACUGAAAACGUAGCAGUUUCAAAGACACUGCUAUGUUUCCACUGCAGCGUUAAUCCAGCCUCUAGUGGCUGUCUCCCUCUGGCCGCGCAUGUGCAUUCAGCUCCACUCGGGAGCUGACGUGCUUGCACUCCUGGUGUAAUCCUGUGGUGCCCGGUGCUGGUCUGGCAAGGAUCAUGUAGACAUAGCAGAAAUGACCGCACUCCAAGGACUUUAUAGAGAUUUUCAAAUAAAAUUUAGCUUUUAUUCAAUCCAUUUAAAAAGUCAACGUUUCAGCUCCCACAUGGAGCUUUCAUCAGGACAAAAUAUAUAUAUAUGGCUUUGCCUAUAGUUGUGGGAGGGGCUUGAUUUCCCCUUAAAAGGGCUGACAAUCCACUCCCAACUUAUUGUGGAUUGUCUGGCGAGUCACUUCCAGUUCAGACCGCCAUUUUGGAUUGGUUUUUACCUGUCUACCCGCCGCGGCGUCCGCGCAGAUCGUUCUCAGCUCCAAAUACCGGUUUCAACCAUAAGUCAGAAGCGGUUUUCUGUCAUGUAUUGCAACCGAUCAAAAACCGUUCGGCUAAUUCUAGUACACAUAUGCUUCGCAUGCUUCACUUCAUGUAUCUUUUCGAACGCGGCCGUUUGGGAAAUUUACUGUAUAUAUCUUUUCGGUAUUCGAACGAUACAGUGUAUACACUCAUUCGCCUGUUUCAGCUGUUCAUACAUUCUAUCCUUUCGGUAAAUUACGGCCAAACGCCGGAAUAGGCACAAAUUUUCACCUAAUUUAGGAUACUUCCCCUCCCUGCUGGUUACACAUGAUGCUACAGUCAUAAAAAAUUCCACUUAGGGGUAAAACAUAGUGAAUGUAUCGGAAUGUUAAAACUUAUAUACUCAGUAGUCUGUGCGUUAAACAUUGGCUGUGAUGGAGCUUUGAGUGUUAUAAUUACCUUUUAGUCCACUUUGCACUGUGUCUUAGACCCUGCUGUUUUGUGUUUAUUUACAUUAAGCAUACUGGACCAUACUGACGGUGGCUGUACGAACACAAAACCCGUCAUCUGCCUCUGUCAUAUUCUCCCUGCUCACCAAUAGUAUCUGGUAGGUUCCUUUUAUUUAAUUCGGGCCCACGAUCUGGCUCACUACAAUAUACCCAUACGCACAGAUACUCAUGCACGUCCUAUCCAUGGGUCGCAGCACAUCAUCUACUGCCACCCUCUCGUUCAUAUCUUUCCGCUUAGCAUCAGCCUGACUCAAACUUUAUCAGGUACGAUGUCAUAACCCUGUACAUUUUCUAGGUUUUGAGUGGUACUGGCUUCCUGAGAUUUAGGUUGUCCAACUAGGUUUCUGUUUCUGGUCUUAAUCCAUAAGCUAGUGGUCCCGCGAGGCCAACACCCAUCCUCAUACUCGGAGGUAUACGUCCCUCGGGCCAAAUCAUAGUUAGCCGCCUCGCAUUGUUGCAUAGAGAGGGCCUCCCAUGUCACUCCCCUUCUAUCUUAUGCUUUAGUUAUUACCAAGAGGCAGACACCCCGCCACAACAUUUCGGUGGCCUCAUAUUUCCCCUCGGGCCAACGCAUAGGUAGCGCCUCUCAUGCCGCUUGGCAAUUAGUAGGGACUCCUCUGUCACGUUCUCAAUAGCAUAAUUCUUCGCCGCUUGGCAUCUAGCUAGCCUACCCAUACCCAGCCACUUUGUCUCAGAAUAGUAAUGUUUGCUGUGGGAUCUAUUUUGGGGUUCACUUCUUUUUGCCACCUUAACCUAAAAUUACUCUGUUCUCUAUUAAAACAAUGGUGUCAUGGGUAAUAUUUCAUCACCCUCCCGUAACAACCUAGCCAACCAACCAACCAUUAUUAGAACUUCACGGCUCCAUCCCUACGACAUCUAUGUUCAUGCUUUAAGUUCGCUUACUAUUAACUAGGCUCUGCCUAAAUGCAAACCUUUUUCCAGGACACUCCUUCCAUAUAGGUGCAGCAUCUGCAGCUUCCUCCAACCACAUUCCAACUCAUAUCAUCAAGGCUAUGGGAUGCUGGAAACCCUCUGCCUAUACUCUUUACAUUCCAAACCCAGUUAAAGAAGUAAUACAAGCUUUUCGUGACUUGUCCAAAUAAACAAUUUUUCGUUAUGUGUAUAAAUUUUGUAUGGUACUUUUCUUUUUGCCCACUUUUAUUACAGGCCUACUGCUUUCUCGGUUCCGGCACACUACAACCGAUUGGUUUCCAUUUGUAUGUGUUUUUAUUGGUUAUAAUAUGUUAAGUUACACUUUUCAUUACGGCCAGAUUGCCCCGACUACAAAUUGUUUAGGCUUUGCCAGUAGUUGUGGGAGGGGCUUGAUUUCCCCUUAAAAGGGCUGUCAAUCCACUCCCAACUUAUCGUGGAUUGUCUGGCGAGUCACCCCUCCCACCACUCCCUCUAUUCAUAUCACCCUCUAAGAUGGGCCCACUUUUAUUACAGGCCUACUGCUUUCUCGGUUCCGGCACACCACAACCGACUGGUGUCCAUUUGUAUGUGUUUUAUUGGUUAUAAUAUGUCAUGUUACCCUUUUCAUUACGGCCAGAUUUCCCCGACUACAAAAAAAAUAUAUAUAUGUGUGUAUGUAAAAAAUGUAUAGAAACAUUCUUAAAGUUAUUUCUUUUUGGUGAAUUAUCAACUUAAGUUUCUUAAAGGGCAAGAUGUGUGCUCUAAUUUUCCUAUGGGAGAUAUGUUCUACAGAGAAACCUAUUUAUACUUUUGAUGAGGAAUGAGACUAUACUAAGUUUUAUUUGUGAGAAUGUUCACUUCUUUAACCCUUUAAGGACCAAACUUCUGGAAUAAAAGGGAAUCAUGACAUGUCACCCAUGUCAUGUGUCCUUAAGGGGUUAAGAGUAGCAAUUGAAACUCCUAUAGGUAUAAAGCAUAUAGAGAGUUAAAAAUGGAGAAUAGAUGAAAAAUUAUUAUAAGAAAUGACAUGGCUCGAAAUCCGCAUUCAGUACGAAUGGGGCAAGGGUAUUUAAGUUAAAAAUCCAAGUUAUAUAUAAGUCUGGGUUUCACUGGCCAUAUUGUAUAUAACAUAGGGUCGUUCCUUUAAAAUAGGCAAUUAUUUGUGUAUUAUCCAUUUUUAUUAUUCAUUUUAUUUUUUGACUAUCUUGUUUAAAAUUACAAAUAAGACAUAGUGCUAGUUUCGUUCACUGUUUUUAGAUUUGUAUUUUAAAAGGGAAGAUCUAUCUGUUACUUCAGGGCUUGACAAAUUUGUUUGGAAUAUAGGAACCAGCUAAAAAUGUUAGGAGCCAGUAAUUUCCAACGAGAGAGUGCAAUUCUUAAAGGGACACUAAAGUCACCAGAACCACUACAACUUGAUCUUGGUUGUUCUGGUGUCUAUAGCCUGUCCCUGCAGGUGUUUCAGUGUAAACACUGCCUUUUCCGUGAAAAGGCAGAGUUUACAUUGCUGCUUAGUAAUACCUCUAGCGACAGUCACUCAGAUGGUCACUAGAGAGUCCUGGGUCACUGCUACACACACUCUGAAAGACUCACACAGGCUUGCUUACACACAUACAGACACACACAUACACACACUCUGACAGACUCACACAGGCUUACACACACACAUUUUUGUUUGAAUUGAAAUCCACUCAGCCUCCCUACAUUAGGGAGAGCUGAGUGGGUCUUUCCUGGGGUCCAGUGGGGCUGCUCUCUUCCUGUGUGUGAGGGAGCAGUACUCAGCCUGUAGCUCCUCUCUGCUCCCUUGCGCUCUGUAAUAAUGCCGGGGCCGGAAUGACAUCAUAUUCCGGCUCCUGACAUCAUUACACAGCGCUAGAGAGCAGCUGCAAACAGAGUACUGCUCCCUCGCGCUCCGCCCUUAAUGCUUCCGCGGGCGGCUGCCCACCUCCAUGCUCCCGCCUUCAAAGCUAGAGAGAUGGCAAAUCCCAGACACCAGGGUGAAAUUUCUAGUCGCCGUGGUGAUCUGGCGCCUGGGAUUUGUCGAGCCCUGCGUUACUUCUCUUUCUUUUAUAGUAUUCAAUAGUGGGUUUUCCUCAUAUCCUUUUUCAGUGAACUGGUUUUUAAUUCUCAUUGCUUGUGACUAAAAAGUGUUUAUGUCCAUGCAAUUCCUGCGGAUCCUCAGGAAUUGCGCCAUUGGAAUGUUUUAUAACCAAGGGGGAAAAUGACAACUGUUUAAAUAUAAUUAGCUACAUCCACUGCUUUAAAAUAAGUUUUAGUUUUAAUAUAAUUAUUUUCUAUAUAAAUAGUUAAAUCAAAAAAAUUUACAUUCACCUUACUAUAUUCUGUAGUGAAGAUUAUUCCCCAUUCGUUUCUUGUUUAAAAAUGCUAAAAAAAAGUUCAAUUUUUCCACUGUACCAUUCCAAAUAAAAAAGAUGUCGUCUAUAUACCGCUUGUAGGAGACCAGGUUUGCUCUCCAAUCCGUGUUAUGUAUUAUGAAUUGGUGUUCCCAAAAUGCCAUAAAUAAAUUGGCAUAACUGGGAGCGAACCCCAUAGCGUUACCGAUUUUCUGUAAAUAAAAAUCGUUAUUAAAACAAAAAUAAUUAUGUAAAAGAAUAAGCUCUAUACCUUCUAUUAUAAAAUGUUAUUUGUUCUUCAGGGUAAGUAUGGUUUUCCAUUAGAAAGAAUUGUACUGCCUCUAUACCUUUUUAAAUGGGAAAUGAUGGUAUAUAGGGAGCUGACAUCUGCGGUUAGCAAAAUAUAAUGUGGUUCCCGUUGUACUUCCUAUAACGUUUGAAUAAGGUUCAAAUUAUCUUUUGAAUAAGUGGGAGUUUUUUGAACUAUCGGUUGCAAACACUUGUCCAGGUAUUCUGAUAGUCUACUAGAUACUGAAUCUAUACUCGACUAUCUGCCUUCCUGGAGGGUUGGUGAGAUUUUUAUGAAUUUUUGGGAGGUGAUAGAAAACAGGGAUUUUUGGUUUUGCAAUAUUUAGGUAUCUAUAUUCAUUUUCAUUUAGUAUAUAUAUCUCCCUUCCUUUUUGUAAUAAAGUUUCAAAUUUGUUUUUCAUAUCGCUAGUAGGGUCACCUCUUAAUUUGUAAUAUGUAUAUGGGUCCUCUACCAGUCCUUCUUGUAUAUUAUCUGAUGUCUCCAUUACAAUAUUUUCACCCCCUUUGUCCGCUGGUUUGAUUACAUUAUUUUUAUAUUUUUGUAAUGUUUUCAGGGCUGUCUAUACUAUUGGCUAAUCUCUGUAUCUUCAGGGUGUAUCCUAUAUCGGACUACUUGUUCCUUUACUUAUGGACGGACCAAUUAAGGUCUGCAUACUUGUCUGUCAUCUAAAUAGUAUUAUAUUGGCUCUGAGCACUUGACAUUAUACUAAGGGCAAUUUCAUAUUCAAUUGUUGGUUUUCUAGGCUGUUCUAGUUUCUCAGCCUGGGAUUUACUGCUUUGGAUUACCCCAUAUAUUCCAAUUUCCUUUUCUUUCUAUGGUUUAACGAUUAGUUAAGCUGGUUAAUGAGUCACUGGUUAACGCCAUACAGAGCCUUCUUUACGCUACAAUUUCUGCCUAUGAACCAUUACACUGCCUUAGUAUCAGUCUGCUAUUCUUUAUCUACAUUUAUUGUUAUGUAUUAGAUGCUCUAUCAGACUUUCCUAGCCCUCAGCAGCUCAUAAGCUUUAGCUGGGUGCUCUUAAUUUGUAAGCAUUUUUUGAUACAUAGUAUCAGGUUACGUUCACCUGCUUUCUAGUCUAUUUCCAUUCUGACUAUCUAUAUAGGAUACAUCUGCGUGUUUGUUUUCUAUUUAUUUAUUUUCUAUUUUAUCACUUUAUCACAUUUUUCUGGCACUGUUUUUUUUUUUUUUUUGUGUGUGUGUGUGUGUUUUUUUUUUUUUUUUAUCAUCCUUAUAAGGAUUUAAUAAAGUUGUAAAUUAUAUAUUUUAAGGUUUUCUCAUUCCAAUGUUGGACUAGUAGUUUAAUAAGGGUAAUAGGAUUGGUUUUGGGCUUGUUUCUUACUAGUCUGUACUAAUCUUCUUAUUGAUAACAUACAUACAGAUAUAUAAUAUAAUAUAUACAUACAGACACACACUAAUAUACAUACAGAUACUAUGCACACACAGAUCACAUUACAUAUUGUAUCAUUCCCCAUGCUUCCAUACCUUUUUAGCGCAGGAGGGUGGACUCCCUGGUGUCAAGUGGCAUCUGGAUGAGUGUGAUGGGAACCUGUCUCUCUCCUCAGGUCCUGCCUAUUCGUCUCCUAUUAGGAAAUAACUGAUAUCUAGUUCUAAUUGUUUUUUUUUUUUUGGGGGGGGGGGGUGUUAGUGGUACUUUGUGUAUAUUAUGGUAUUAUCCGCAUUCAAAGUUGAAACAUUGAAAGUCUGCAUCAAUCAUUUCUAAAUAAUAAAACUAUUUGGAAAUAAUAGAAAACAGUUUAUAACAUAUUUACCUGUAAAGAUUCUUAUAUACUUUUGUAGAUAAAUAAUUUGGAAAGUUUUUCUAACAAUUUUGAAUCAUUUGGAAAUCUCUUUAAUCUAGGUCAGGGUUGUCAAACAUGCGGCUCCCCCAGAUGUUGCUGAACUACAACUCCCAUGAUUCCCUGGCUAUCUGUUUCAUUGAAAGAAUCAUGGGAGUUGUAGUUCAGCAACAUCUGGAGGGCCGCAUGUUUGACAACCCUGAUCUAGGUCAUAGAUUGAUCAUCAGGGACAGACCUAAAUGCAUUUAAAAGAAGAAAAUGCAUUUUUUUUUUUUUUUUUUUAUUAUUCACAUUUGUAAAUUAUAUUGAAUUACUCCAAUUGUAGCAUGGUUUCUAGAGUUUCUCUUCUACUGUGCAGAAAAGUUUUCUUACUGUUGUUGGAUUGAAUUGGCUUCAUUUGUAAUAGGCUCCUAAUUAGUGUUCUCUUUUAAAUCUCUUUUUUUUUAAUUAUUAUUAUUAUUAUUAUCUAUUAGAUAUUACAAUAGAAAAACAUAGACCAAUCUGACUAUUACUAUAUAUGAAGUGUUACAUCUUAAUAAGUAUAUACAAAUGUGAAGCGUCAAGGAAAAUAAUUAAGAGAAAAAUUUAAAUAAAUGUUGUCACGAAUGCACCCCACCUCAACAGUGUACGUGACGUAGUUGUGGUGGUGGUGAAAGGGUUAAAGUUCACUAUUUGUCUUCACUAGACCGGAAAUAAUGAUAAAAUCCCACUUAACACCACCCUCACUUAAGCAUAAUAAUAUAAAUAUUAUUACUUUAACGCUGCCACUACCAAGGCAAUUUAUAAAUGGGGUGCUUUGGUCCCCCAGGUAAAUCAAUAAUAAAAACCCACCAAAUAUAACGAGCAAAAGGAAUAAGGAAUUGCAGAAAUACUAAUUAGUCUCUUCAGGUAACGUGAUUCUUUACCAGACAAAGGCAGAACUUAAUAAAGGAAUAUUUAUUAUGAGCAAAAAAUAGUCACAGUGCAUACAAAAAUAUAGAUAACAAUCAAAAUUAUUAACACUAACAGAUAAAAACAAAAGGCAUAAAAUAAGAGAAGUCUUAAUUACUUACACAUUAUUUAAAAGUAACACUUCUGCUCCAGGGGGUCUCUGGUAAGAAAGAUGGUGACUCACUUAGAAUUAGAUUCUGGCCUCAAGCAAGUACAAUGCACCCUUCAGGAUCAUUAGAGAAAUACCAUGUUGAUUACCACAACUCAUCUAGAGGUGGAGUUAAGGCAUAUCUAUAGAGACACUAAGUGACCACCCCCCUGUGUCCAGACCCACAUCAAUUCAAAUGUAAACAUUUGGUUCUAUCUACUCUUAUGUACCUACCACAUAAAUAAUAAUUGCAUCUAUGAAUUUAUUAUUUGCCCAUUCUAUAGAUAUUUCACACUUCUUACUUGUGACCCAAUAUAGCAGACAUCACAUUCCCUUCCCCUAUGGUCAAGGUAUGCCAAUCAUGUUUGGGCUUGUUUAGAAGAUGGUGCUUGUCACAUUCCAAAUAUAACAGAAAUGAGGCUUAAUUAUUAUUCUGUGGGUAAAUAUGAAUAUUUUUUUUUUCUCUCCUUUUGGCUAUGAUACUAACAAGACUAAUGGCCACUAACAUAUCAAAGAGAUUGACUUCUCAAUUAAGAGGUACAUGCCAUAUACCUGAAGCCAGACUUUCAGGCUUUUCAAGUGUAGAAUCUCACACCUUGCAGAGCCUUUGAUUAAUCACAGGAUUUCCAUUCAUAGGAUAAACCAUCUUUCCCUUUUCAUGUUCGUAUGCAAUUCACACUACCCCUUCUGCCAUCUGACCUCUGGGGUCUCAGCUUCAAAGAGGGAUUAAGACAAAAAAAAAAAAAAACUUCCAUAAAAUCAAAUUAACCCCUUUUUGACAUUGACAAUACCACCUCUACCAGGCAGGCAGAUCAUCUACGCACUGCACAAAUGACAUUACAGGACAAUAUUCCAUAGUGCAAUAAUGAAUUAUGCACCCUUGCCGUGACCUAUGUAUGUUGAGAUCUAAUGUCAUGGUGGAAAUUUCUUAGUUCGAUAUUGUGUAAAUUAUUAUUCCACUGUUCCCAACUCUUCUUGAAGCUUUCACAAGUACCUUUUCUGCCUAAAGUUUCCGGUCUCCAUUUGUUGAGAUAUUGCAUCGGAGUACAAACUUGAAACCAAUUUGGAGGGAUCGAUGAUAAAAAAAUAAAUAAACUAUCAUCUUUAGUUCUUAUUAGAUUUUGAGGCACGUAAGAUUUAAUUUGAAGAUAGGAGGAUAUAUUAUUUGAAGAAACAAACUAUUCCUGUAGUUGUUCAGAUUAUUUUAUAUAUUGAUCUAUAUUGAGCAUAUCCUUUAUCAAUAAAAGACCUCCCUUUGUCCAAUGUUAUUUAUAUUCAGACAGCUGCCUAUCAUCUCUGAUGCCUAGUCCUGCCACGUUGCUACAGAUAUAAAACAAAACACACAUUUGAAUAUCCAGCACUCUGAAUGGAAUUUAUUGACACUGUAGAGGCCUCAAGCAAUGUUUGAACCGACUCUCUGAAGGGAACAAAGAGAAUCAAAAGAUUUACAAUUAAAGAGACAAUCUAAGCACCAACACCACUUCAUCUCAGUGACUUACUCUUACUGCAAUGAUCCUGACAUUACACUCCCACAAUGUCUGUCUGUUUCAGAGACACAGCAAGGUGUACAUUGUGGAGCUAAUCACCCGACUUUUGGCUGACGCAUUUACAUUGACUAGAUGGUUCCACGUGCUUCCAAGUGAAACUCUGGUCUUGACGUUUCAUGUCCUCACGCAUUGCAUCAGGACGUCAAGGUUCAAUGCUUCUUAUAGACAAACAUUGGACACAAUGCUUCUCUAUGGAAAGCAUUUGAUUGGACAGAGAUGUCACCAAGCAUGAUGACAUUAGCAGAGGCAGGUAGGGCUACCCUGAAGAGACUGUGCUAGUGCUGUAAAACAGAUCAGUAAAAGGUUAUUUUACAUGGAUUUAUUUUUUUAUUUUAUUUUUUUAGAAAAGAAGGGAGUCCUCAAAUCCAAAUGAGCUAACAAACACUUGGAGCUAAAAAAAAAAAAAAAAAUGCAUUCCUAAUGUUGGUGUUCCUUUGCGUGUGUAUGUACAUAUGUAAAACAUAUGCAUUAAUAUGGAUAGCCAAUGCAGCAAUUUCAUCAAAAAUUUGUUUAGUGAUUUGAAUGUUUUGUCUUAUCAGUAUUAAUAGUGAAUUUCCAUUGUUUUUAGGCAUUCAGAACAAAUUUUCUGCUCGCUAUGUGUCUCUGCAAGAUCAAAACAAGAUAUGGACACUAACCGUUAAUCCAGAGGUUCGUGACAAGACUCCCCUUGUGAUGCUCCAUGGUUUUGGAGGAGGAGUUGGCCUCUGGAUUCAGAACAUAGACCCUUUAAGUAGUCGACGGACUCUCCAUGCCUUCGACUUGUUAGGGUUUGGUCGCAGCUCACGCCCAACUUUCCCUAAUGAUCCCGAAGGAGCAGAGGAACAGUUUGUAUCAUCCAUUGAACAGUGGAGAGAGGAGAUGGGAAUAGGAGACAUGAUCCUCUUGGGACACAGUCUUGGAGGCUUUCUGGCUGCCUCUUAUACGAUCAAAUAUCCCCAGAGGUAUGUGGUAGAAAUAUAAAUAAUUUUGUUCUAAUUUCUUAUCAAUAAGAUUAUUAAAGUAACUUCUGUUAUUCACCAUGUGUAUGUAAUAGCUUGUAUAAGCUUACACUUGUAUAAGUGAUACAGAACAGUCAUUUAAUCAAUUUUUUUCAUUAUGCUACUGUAUUUCUUCAGGGUAAAACACCUCAUUCUAGUCGAUCCAUGGGGAUUCCCAGUUCUGCCAACAGACCCCAGUGAAGUACGUUCCCCUCCAACAUGGGUUAAAGCUGUAGCUGCAGUACUGGGACGAUCCAAUCCCUUGGCAGUUGUAAGAGCAGCUGGACCCUGGGGUGAGUCUUUCCAUUUUUAUUCCAAUUUUACAUAUGUAUGUUUUCCUACUUCCACUUAUUUAAAAUAGUAUGUUUUCCUACUUCCACUUAUUUAAAAUAGAAUUGCUACCAUCAUCUGUGAGAUGUUUGAGGGCUUUUUACCAUUGUUAUUUUGCUAUCCUUUUCCACCUCCUUGAUCUUUUUUCCACCCUGGAGUUUCCUGUCUGGUUCCAAAGUCCUUCUUGAUUAUUGGACAUGUGUAUGGGUUGGCAUAACUGUUACAGUUAUCUGAAUACAUGUUACCUGACUAAUGGGUUGUGAUUGUAGCUUCUUAGGCUAACACUGCCAACUUAUUUUGCUAGCACUGGUUACUGGAACACACAUGAUCCUUUACAAGUCAUAGUUGAUUAUAGGAAUCAAAGUUUAUAAUCAGCCGGUCGGCAAGAGGUUGCCAUAACUGAUCCAUUAUUGCUUGCAUAUACAAAUGUGAGUUUGGAGUUGGACAUAUUGAACUGAUACUGUAUAUGUAUGUAUACCUACAUGAGCUGUUGGGAAAUAUGUUACUCUUUUACAUUUGUGCGACACAUACAAGACAAUAUCAACCUGCAAAUCAUUUCCUGUUUGUAUCUUUAUUACAAUAUGGUACAAUGUUCUCUCGUUCUCAGGCCCUAGAUUGGUGCAGAGAUUUCGUCCAGACCUGAAAAGGAAGUUUGAGGAUUUCUUUGAUGACGAUACGAUCAUGGAAUAUAUCUACCACUGUAAUGCACAGACACCUAGGUAGGCCUCACACAUAGCAUGAUGUUGCUACGUGACCUUACAUCUGUCUGCAAUAACACUGUUGUCUAUUUUUCCAUUUCUAUUGCCAUUAAUCUUCUUAUAUGGUUUAUCACUUCUGUCAUAUUUUUUUUCCUCCUGACAGCGGUGAGAGUGCUUUUAAGACCAUGAUGGAGAAAUUUGGUUGGGCUAAACGCCCAAUGUUGUCCCGUAUUCAGUUGAUCCCAAAAGACCUACCUAUCACCUUUAUCUAUGGAGCAGAGACUUGGAUUGACAGAACUACAGGAGAGCGAGUGAAAGAGGAGAGGCCAAACUCGUAUGUGGAAACACUGGUAUGAAAUAGCACAGAAUAUAUUCAAUGUAUUGUAUUUACCUGCAUUUUCCCUAUUUAUACAAGAUGUUUGUUAUUUCACUCAUUUUAUUAUAAUCAGACUACUAUUCAGUUAUUGAGAUAAAAAAUGUGCAACAUGGGAAAACAGUUGCUCACCAACUGAAGAAUGUUAUUCAAGUUUGAACAAUGUUCAAAUCAUGGUGUCUGUAAAGAUUUUGACAUGCAAGGAUAUCUUCACUUUUGGCAAUCUUGUACAAACUAUCAGAUUUAGGCCCCAAUAUAAAACUUACCUUUAUUCCAGUUCCAAAACAAACUUGCAGCAGCCAGACCCUCCUUCAUUGAAAUUUGCAAUUGCUUUUGUGCAAUCAGGUACUUUAAGACACAUUAUGUCACACUGCAUGCCCUGCAAUUGCCGAUAUCUGCCAAUCCAGUGCUUCUCAUAAAGGAGCAUUGAAUUAAAAUACUUCUGCAUGAGAAGCAAUUGCUGCAUCGGCAUCAUUAUGCUGUGCAUUAUAAUGCAAAUUGUGAAUUCCUUUGAAAAUGGAAAAAGGAACAGUCUUUCUGAUCCACUAAAAGUGUGUUUUUCUGUCUCAGAAAUGUUUUACAAGGUCUGAGAAAAUAGACCACACCAUAAGCACUACAUGAGAAGAGCACUGCGAGCACCAUAACUACUACAACAUGCUUUAGUGGUUAUGGUGCCACUAGUGCCUUGUUGCUACUCCGUGUAAGUAGUCAACUGUUUGCUUACGGUUUGACCACUUAUCUGUGGUCUACCAGGCACCACUUCCUGCCUCUGCAGGAAGUGAAAGCUGCCGAUGGCAUUGUGACGGACCGCCUGGCACUCCGACUGGGUACCUCUGUCAAUCGCUGCUUCUUGGUACUUGUGAGUACCAUAACCACCAUAAACCCCACGAACCGUCGCAGCUUGGCUGGGGUCUCGCCAUCCUCCACCCACCCUGGACCCAAGAACAGGAUCCAGCUUCCAGUGGGUAGACCUCUCCUAGUCCAGAGAGCGUAGCUGGAAAAGCUCUUAGAAGAGCAUGUGAUUAUACUCAGGGGAGUAUCGUGAUUAUAGCAAUCCCCAGAGUGUAGUUCUCCAAUCCCCCACACAUGAGCCAAGACUUCAUGAAGGGGUAAAGCAGGUCUGUUUAAUGGCAGCCAUCACUGGCCUUAUAUGCAAGUCCCUAUGCAAGGGGCACUCCCACCUGGACCUUGUGGGGAACUGCAGCACCAGGUCACAGACCAAUAACAACAAUGGGUAAAUGCAUGACAUUCCUAUAUACAAACACACAAUCCCUCCCCUCUGCCUUGGAGAUAAUUGAAUCAGGAGCUGUACUAAUCUAAUCCAAUUAUCUACAAGCACAGAAAAAAUACAUACUUUUUAAAAACACCCUAAAAAUGCAUAAAACCCCACAAACGUUACAUUCCUGAUAGCCCUGAUCUGGGUGACCAACAUAACCAAAAAUCACCCAGAUGAUUUCAGGGGUUCAGGAAUUUCCUGGAAGUCUUAUUUUUGACCCACCGUGCACAUGGUCCCAUGCCCAAAACCAUUCCAGAGAAUUAGGGCUAAUAGUCGGUCUCUCUGUCUGGAGUACAAAAGUACAUACUUCACAUGAACAAAGCCUUUUAAAGGGCAUUGGGCAAGGUAUAUUGCAGGGUCCAUAGUCCUGAGGCAAGAGGCUGGCCAGCAGGCCCCUCCAAGGUUCAGUUCGUCACAGGGCCAUAGUCACAGGGUAGGAGGCUGGCAAACAGGCCCCACCAAAAGCCAGAGACGAUGUUACUUUUGUCACAAAUCUUCCCUACCAAGGGGAGACUAACGAGAUACCUCACCUCCUGUCGGUCGAUACCCGAGUUAGUCGAGCAACCCACCCAUAACUAGUGCUUGACUUGUAGCUCUCAGGUGUCCAGCUUUGUCCUGUCUGUCCCAUGCUGCAGAGGGGUCGUCUGGUACUCCUGGUUGCUUUCGGCUUUGCAGUUGAGGAUAAGGGGAGGGCAGAGGCCAGCUGCGCUUUGCCCUGUUGCCAGCGUCUAUUCAGGCCAGGGUGUCCUGCGGGUAUUCAGGCCCGGGACCAGGGGAAAGAGGAGGGCAGAUGCCAGCUGCUCUCUGCCCAGAUGGUUGAGAAGAGGAGGAAUUGCCUACCUCAUCCUCCUGGCAUUCCUGCGAGGUUGGUUGGGAAUCUGGACUGGCCGUCCAGCCUCCCUGUAGGUCUGGUGCAGAGGCCGCCGUCCCAUCUGCACCAUUGGGGUCAGGAGGGCUGUCCCUCUGUAGUUGGGGUGAGGGACCAGCUGUCACCCCUUCUGAUAUAUUCAGCUGCCGCCAGGGAGGGAGACCAGCUGUCUCCACUCCCUGUAACACACUGCCGCUGGGGAGGAAGAACGACACCUUCUGGUCCCUGUACUGUACACUGCUGCUGGGGAGUGAGACCGACCGUCUCUUCUCCCAAUAACAUACUCGGCCACUGGGGAGUAGGACCAACUAUCCCUACUCCCGGUAAUGCUGGCUGGUGCUGGGUAGUGAGACCAACUAUCUCCACUCCCAGGGAUGCUUGCUGCUGCGGGGAUGAGAGACCAACAAUCUCCUCUCCCAGUAAUACUGUCUGCCGCUGAGGAGAGAGACCAGUUGUCUCCUCUCCCUGUAUGGUACACUGCCACUGGGGAGUAGGACCGACUGUCCCUACUCCUGUUCACUCUGCCUGCUGCUGAGGAGUGAGACAGACAGUCUCCACUCCCUGUAACUCACCUUGCCGCUGGGGAUGGAGAACGAUCCUCUUCUCUCCCUGUGACUGUCUGCCGCUGGGGAGAGAUACCGGUUGUCUCCUCUCCCUGUGAGAUGCACUGCCGCUGGGGAGAGAGACCGGUUGUCUCCUCUCCCUGUGAGAUGCACUGCCGCUGGGGAGAGAGACCGGUUGUCUCCUCUCCCUGUAACUCCAGCUGCCACUUGGAUCUGGGCCGGCUGCCCAGCAUCCCUGUAGGGCCGCUAGAGACACCUCGGUCCCAUCUCCACCUGCCUGUUGGGGUUCCUCACAGUCUAUGAGGUCCCCUACUUUGGAUACCUCCGGCUGCCCCUGGGAAGAGAGUCUAACCUCUUUUCGUUGGAGACUUCUUUUCCUCACUUUAGCCAGCAGGAACUCUUGGUCUCUCUUCGCUUGUCUUUCAACGGUUACCUGGUUCCAGUUCACCUGGAAGGUAUCCAUGGACACAUCAGGGUCAUACCAGGCCACUCACUGCCUCACCUUGGCCAGCAAAUCUUCGCAAGAGUCAGAGUAUGCCAUACUUGCCUGCUCCAAGUCAAUGGACACUUCUGCUUCCAGGGGCACUACACAAAUGCUAGUGUUGCCCUCACUAUGAUCAACACGUUACCGGUGCCUCCAAGAUUCUUCUCCUCGCACUAGGACGCCAUCCCACUGCUGCCACCAAAUGUGACUGACCGCCUGGCACCCCGACCGGGUACCUUCGUCAAUCGCUUCAUCUUAGUACUUGUGAGUACCAUAAGCACUGCACUGGAACACCAUAACCACCGUAAACCCCACGAACUGCCGCAGCUUGGUUGGGGACUCUCUGUCCUCCACCCACCCUGGACCCAAGACCAGGAUCCAGCUUCCAGUGGGUAGACCUCUCCUUGUCCAGAGAGCGUAGCAGGAACAGCUCUUAGAAGAGCUAGUGAUUAUACUAAUGGGAGUAUAGUGAUUAUAGCAAUCCCCAGAGUGUAGAUCUCCAAUCCCCCAAACAUGAGCCAAGACUUCAUGAAGGGGUAAAGCAGGUCUGUUUAAUGGCAGCCACCACUGGCCUUAUAUGCAAGUCCCUAUGCAAGGAGCACUCCCACCUGGACCUCGUGGGGAACUGCAGCACCAAGUCACAGACCAAUAAUGUUACAUCCCUGAUAGCCCUGAUCUGGGUGACCAACAUAUCCAAAAAUCACCCAGAUGAUUUCAGGGGUUCAGGAACUUCCCUGAAGUCUUAUUUUUGACCAACCGUGCACAUGGUCCCAUGCCCAAAACCGUUCCAGAAAAUUAGGGCCAAUGGUCGGUCUCUCUGUCUGGAGUACAAAAGUACAUGCUUCACAUGAACAAAGCCUUUUAAAGUGCAUUGGGCAAGGUAUAUUGCAGGGCCCAUAGUCCUGAGGCAAGAGGUUGGCCAGCAGGCCCCUCCAAAUACCCGUGACCAGGUUCAGUUCGUCACUGGGCCAUAAUCACAGGGUAGGAUGCUGGCAAACAGGCCCCUCCAAAAGCCAGUGACGAUGUUACUUUCGUCACAGGCAUUCACGAGCUAAGCCUUACAAUGCAGGGUAAGCUCAUUGGCUGAGAUUGUUAGAUGACUACUCUCAGCCAAUCAGCUGAGUACUGCACCACCAGUUUGACUACUUACAUUGGGAUGGGGACUCUGGUGGUUUUGGUGCUUAGAUUGUCCCUUUGGCUUUUCCUCUUGGAAGUCACACUCCAGAUUUUGGACCUGAGUAACAUUUGUAUUUGGAUCAUUCCUUAAUAGUGUCUGUUAUGUUGCUAUCAUUUUAUUAAUGUAAGCAGUACAUGUUAUUAUUUGCAUGUUAUACUUUUUUUGUUUGUCACAUACACUUUGAGUUUGUCAGCAGUUUUCAAGGUGAACAUAAUUCAUUUUUGUUUGGCAGGCAAUCAAAGGAGCUUCUCACCACGUGUAUGCAGAUCAGCCUAGCACCUUCAAUCAAAUGGUCGAAGAGAUCUGUGAAGCUGUAGACUGAAAGCAUGUGCAAGGAAUAAAAAAACAAACAAAAAAAAACCAGUACUUCUAUGGUGAAGCACAAGAACUGAUUCUUUACCUUUUUUUUUUUUAUGAUGAAAGAAUAGACUGACUCGUACCUCAGCUUUGUUCUUCUAACUGGUGGGUUGAUAUUGCGCACAGUACAUAGGUGCUAGCUGGCAAUUUGUUCACUUGCAAUUACAUAGAAUGUAGUGCUACUGCAAAGCCAAGUUUCUUCCAUUUCUUUCUUCCUUUCUAAACAAUACCCUGUCUUUGCUUUUCUUGGAAUAAGCAGAUGCAAAAAGCAUAUUGAUUGUCCCAAUUACUGAAAUGUGCUGGACUUUAAGUAAAGUAUGAUGCUCCGGAUCAGUUUUAUUAUCGUUCUACAGUUGAAUUGGUAGGUGGGAUUAUUUAUGGUGCUGGAUGUUUGCCCUACUAGGCAUGUACCUUAGAGCCAUUUAAUUGAAAGUUAUCCAAUUUAGUUGCUCAAUCCUUACAUUUAAUGCUUGUUCCAAGAUCUGCACAUUGAAAAAAAAAUUGUAUCUGAUGUCCAAAAAUAUAAAAGCACAUGAGCAGCCUAAAUUUUCUCCUACCAGUAAGAAGCACAUGGACUAUUUGAUGUCCACUUCCAUGUCUACAAUGUGAGAAAGUCUAUCCUUAGUACCUGUGAGACUUGGCAUGUAUGUUGUUAGAACUACCUCCUAGCUAUAACUUACUAUUUGCCAUUUGUACUGAAAUUAACAUUGAUAUUUUACUGUGUAGUGAUUUGUAAUGUGUAAUCUUUGUAUUGGUUUGUUUGAUUAAGGUUUGGUUCGUUAACGUCUUUGUUUCAUUUGACAAAAAUGUUUGUAACCAUUUGAGACCUUUGUUUUGCUGUGGUGACAUACUGUGGCUAUUUCUUUGAAUUACACACAGUACAAAACAUAAAAGGCAAAUCAUGAUAAAAUACUAAGAUAGGUAAGAAAUCUAUAAUUAUAUUGCUUCUGUUAUGUACACAAAAAUACAUAUAUUGAUGUUCUGCUGGUCAUAUAAUUGAUGCUCACUGCAUAGAAGCUGAAAAAUCUCUUUGAACUCAGGAAAAAAAAAUAAUGCUUACAUUAUGACCUGUCCUCCCAUUUGAGCAGACAGGAGAGAAUUCAACAUUUUCUAUGUAUAAUUCCUAAUUUCCUUGAUUAUGCAGUAACUAUAUAUAGUAUAGUUUGUUUCCCUUUUAUAUCUUAAGGUUACUUAGUUUUUAAAAGGAAUCUGUAAUAUUUCUGUUUUGUCCCUUACAAUGUAUAAUAGUAUCAUGACCAUGCUUGCCAAUAUUUGGUGGGGUCAAUGGUAUGAUAUCUCCUUUACCCUCUUCCAGUGGGAUCAGGAAUUUAGCUGCCCUAGGCAAAAUGAGGUAGUCCUUAAGUAAAAGAAGGCAGGACAGUUUGCCCCCAAUGUGAGAGAGUGUGACAAACUGUAGUCAGUGAAUUUUCAGCAUGUUAACACAAUUUACCAGUCUAUAAAUGUAAGCUUUUUUUCCAGAAGGACAAAAAGCGGCUAUUAUACUGUGAGCAUUGGUUGUAAAUCCAUCUUUACUAUAUAUGGCCAUAAAGCCCAUUUUAAUAAUAAAAAAAAAUGUGCCUAGCAGACGUGCUGCUAUAAAAGUGUUUGUUUUUGAAAAUGUAUUUUGUAUGCAUUUUUCUGCCAGUUAUGCCACAAAUAAGUACCAAAUGAACGUAUUCACCUGCUUAUUAUUGGUUACUCAUUUGAGCAAAUAAGUAGUUAUGUAGCAUUAAAUGAACAGUAGCAAAUGGCAAAUACGGUUGAUACACUUCUUUAAAUGUAUUUUUAUUUGCUAAACCUAGGCCUUAAUUUUCAGUGGCCUCAUUUUUAACAGAAACGUUUUUUUACACUGGAGGUCUGUGGUAGAGAAUUGGUGUUGCUACCUCCUAAUCAUGAAAACACACUUGUAGCAGACUGAUAUUUUCAGCACCAUUAACCUGAACUGGCUGAGGACCUAAUAUUUGGGUUCAUUCACUAAACCAGAAAUUGUAAAGAAGGGAAUUUUAAAUAUUAGGCCAGACUAUUUGAAUUGGAAACAUUUUCCAGUUGUGUAAAAUGCCUUGUGAUUCCCCAUAUAUUUCUAGUUUUAGUAAAUGACUAAAAUAAUCCAAAAUUUUCUUGAAGUGCCUUGUAUAACUAAACCUCUUUCAUAACACAUGUGCCAAAUAGCUUUGUAUUUCCUUAUCUUUGCCAGCUGACUAGAACAUGAUACAUGUUUAAGUGUUGAUGAGAUGAAUCAAGAUUUCACUGACCACAUUAGUUAGCUGCCUAAUCACAAAAGAAGAAAAAAGGCAUCUAGGCACAGUUUUACUUUUUUUUUUUUUUUCUAGUUCCCAUAGCAUUAUCUAAAUUCUAUUAUAUUUAAAGGGACACUAUAGGCACCCAGACCACUUUAGCUCAUUGCAGUGGUCUGGGUGCAACAUCCCAGGCCCCUUAACUCUGCAAUUGUACUUUUUGCAGUUUUUGAUAAACUGCAAUAAUUACUUUGGAGUGGCUGUGUGUACCUGACAACCACUAGAGGGACUUCUUGGUGGUUAGGCAACUUUUGGUCUCCUAACUGAUGCUGGACAUCCUCACAUUCUGCAUGAGGACAUCCAGUAUUACCCAAAGCCCCCCCCCACAAUGCUUUCCUAUGGGGAAAGUCCUAAUGUGAGAGUAUCGCUUGCCGCACAUGCACAUUAGGUCUCCCCUGCCGUCUGAAAAAGAGAAAAAGAGCGGAGGUGGAGGCUGAACCAGCGCCGAGAGAUAUUGGCGCUGGAAUCUGGUAAAUGGGGAAAAAUAAAUUAAAUCUUAAUGGUGCUUACAUUAUGACCUGUCCUCCCAUUUGAGCAGACAGGAGAGAAUAACAUUUUCUAUGUAUAAUUCCUAAUUUCCUUAAUUAUGCAGUAACUAUAUAUAGUAUAGUUUGUUUCCCUUUCAAAUAUGGUGUUUAACCAUUUUUGCACCAACAGAGGAGGGGGCGCUAUAGGGAGCGAUAGUGCUAGGAAAACAACUGGUAAAUAGAAAAACAGGUCUUACUCUACAUUCAUUUAUUUAUUUAUAUAUAUAUAUAUAUAUAUAUAUAUGUGUAUAUAUAUAUAUAUAUAUGUAUGAAUAGACAUGAGCACACAAACACGACAGCCUUGGUAAGAGGGCUAUAAAAAAAAAAAUGUUUUUUCAUGUUUUUUUUUUUUUAAACCGGUUAGUUUUAUUGGAGAUAGUCUGGUGAAGUUUUGUUGUUUUCUGGUAGGUUAUCACAAUGUGGCAGGUAAUAUGAGAAGACUUGCACUGCUUCUUGGUUAAAAAAAGGAAACUGAGAAAGGUACUGGAAAUGGAAGUUAGGUUGUAGGAGCUGUGGAGAGUGAAGCUUGGCAGGUUUCACAGGUAGUGUUGGAGCUUACCAGAGAAGAUGUUAUGAAGCUUGCAAAGAUAUAUGUAGGUUUGUCUGGAUUAGACUGCCAUUAUUUUAAUAUAUUUCAGUGAUCGGAAGAACUAUAAAGUAAAUUAUGUAGGUAGUUGAAUUUGCAAAAGUAAAUUUGAGGUGCAGAUGCAUAUAUUACAUAAUCAAUGGCAUUUGUUGCAUUAUACUCUUUAUUACCACUGAAUUUAAAAAAAAAAAAAUAUGCUUCUGAUGAGAACUAAUUUUAUGUUGGUGUUUGUUAUAUAUCUUAAUUAUUUUUUUCCUUUAAAUGUUGUGGUUUAUGAUUGAACAUCCAACCAGAUGUGCACUGAAUGUUUUAAAUGGGAACAAUCUGAUUUUAGUUUUUUGUUUUGUUUUGCUUUAUUUCUCCUCAUUUAUUACAUGACACAGGAUCCUAUUUCUGAAUAAAAUGUAUAUUUCCUUUGAUGCUACCUGUAGAUGUGGCUUCUCCGGUUUUGAAAUCCUUUCUAGAAACACAAUUUUAUUGCAACUUAUGCAAUAUUACACCAGAAAUGUCAGUUUUAUUACCUGUGUAAAACAAAACCUUUUCUUACACCAGCAUUUUGACCCUUGCCAAUGCAAGCUCAUUCUCUUGAGUGUAUAUAGGACAUGGGACUCUGUGCACCCCUAUUCAAAACAAACUAGAUCUUGCAAGUGCUGCCUGUUAAAAUUGGUCUCCACUAGUAAAAAUUGAUAUUGUCACAACAUAUUACUAAAUUGUAUUCAUUAAUAUUUUUGUAUAUCACCAUCAUAUUCUGCAGAGCUUUAUAAUGUCCGUCACUCCUUCAGAAUAUUGGUCUGUAGUUAAUAACCAAGUCUACACCUGAACAUAACUACUUUUUAUUUUCUUCCUAUGUUUGUAAUUUUGACUGGAAACUGGUAAUUAGUUUAAAAACUUGCACAGCUCACAUUUUAUGAAUGAACACCUUUGUACUUUUGUGUAUCAUUGCACAUUGAAAUGUAACUGUGUGAUGACACUGGACUAACAGGUUAUUCAUCAUUUUACAAAUGAUAUUUAAAUAAUAAUUUAUAAGACAUUUUAUAUAUAACUUAAUAAUAGAAGUUUUAUUAAUAAUCAAUUGUAUAUGGGUAUUAAAGUGAAUUUUUAUAGAUUAUUGUACUUUUUAUAUUUUUUAUUUUGGUCUUAUAUGUGUGGUUGUGCGUUACUCAUCACUUGUUCUCAAAGUAUUCUUUAAUGUAAUUGACAAACUGGAAAAUGUCCAGGUUAUGUGAAUAAUCCUAUUAAUGAUGAUUCCAUUUAUAUAAUAGCAAAUAUUCUUAUUCCAGUAGCACCUAAAUUAUUAAGUUAUAAAACAUGCCCUAGUUUGCUUUUCUUAAGUUAUUUGCACAUUAUACACAUUUCUGUGUGAAUGGACUUCACACAUGACCAUAGCACAUGUAUUGUGGAGGAUAUGCAUUUAUGACAGCACCUACAUUAUUUCUGUAUUAAUUUGUGCAUAUUGGGCCUGGUAUGUCACAUCCAAGUUUCUCCAAGCACUCAAUUCACUUACUGAGUGCACUCAUAACUGUGAUCACUUAUGCUGUGGAGGUGUCUCCACUUCGACACAUGACAUAAGAAUUAACUGUAAGGUGGCAUGUAAAAUUUAUUUAUGGGCUUAAAGGACCAGGCUCUGCCACACCAAAUCAGGAAGCCUGAUCAUUUAAAGGGACACUAUAGUCACCUGAACAACUACAGCUUAAUGUAGUUGUUCAGGUGAGAUCUAUACCUCCCUGCAGGCAAUCUAAUGUAAACACUGUAUUUUCAAAUGUUUACAGUCAGCUUGCGCCCGCGCACAUGCGCGGUAGUGCCCUCAGGACUUAAACAGAUCCUGCUUGACCCUCAAUACAGAGCCUCGUCUCGUACUUGGGGGGGAUAAUUUGUAUGAUUGUUGUUCAGCGCUUAGGAGUGUUCGGUAACUGACUUCACAUUCGGGAAAAAUAAACACUUUGGCGACGUUAACCCCUUCACCUACUCGGGGUGCCGUUACAAAGCCCAUCUGUGUUUAAUAUGUAAUUUUUAUUAAAACCUUUGGUCUUUCUAAAGUCAAAUUUCAGUAGGGGGAAGAGAGUGGCCUACAAUAAGAUCCUUGUGAAAUAUGGGAUCACCAUAUAAUGUAGUAAUCUACAGAUUGUUGUGGAGACACAUUUUUGAGAGAUACACAAUUUGUCACGGUGCCAGCUUGUAAAGCUAUUUUAGAUGACUACUUUGCUAGCUUCAAGUGAACAUUCAAUUAUCCCACAAAAAUUAAACUAAAUGGUUCACCAUUGGGGAAAAAAAAUUAAAAUAAAAAAUACACAUUUAAGUUUGGGAUAUGUUUUGUCAGUUACUAUGUGGUUCUGGUGUAUUCAGGAAAAGUGUCCUUCAAACGGUACAUCAAAAAAAGGUACUUAUCGUCAACUUACUUUUUCUCAGUAGGAGAUUCUGUUGGGAUACACCAAACUACUCCCAUAGCAAAUUACACAAUAGCUUGUCUAUAUUUACUACUAGCUGCUUAGUUGCGGAGUGGCGAAAACCUGACUGCACUUUUGUAGUCUGAAAUAUACUAAAAAAAAAAAAAAAAGUAACACCCUAACAAAAGUGUUAUCUAUGUUACAAGAUCUUCCUAUUAUACUACCAAAAACCUUCUUUACCACCAGACAUACAUUUACAGAAUAUAUGGCAAAACAAACAUCUGCGACUAGCUUUCAGUACCCUCACACGUCAUAAGCUCUGUGGGGGGCUAGGUCUACCUGACGUUGAAACCUAUUAUAGAGCUGUACUACUAACGAGGAUAUAUGAAUGGGCGGACCCAUCAACACACAAGAAAUGGGUACAUUUAGAAAACAACAGGUUCACAACACCACUAUACACCGUGCCAUGGCAUAAACAUGGACAGACACUUCUCCAUCCUAAAAAGCGAAACCACCAAACAAUAAUACCGACUCAAAUUAGGCAUUCCCCUCCUAUAUCCCCACACCCGUCCCCGCUCUAUCCAUUAACACAGAACCAUCUCUCUCCCCGGGCCUUAGAGCAGUCACAUUUCGUCCAACCCGCAACUCACAGUAUCUCACUCUAGGCACAACCUUAGAAGCCAAUGCCUUUAAAACCGCUAUCACACUUAGCGCAUACCGAACCUCUGACUCCGCUAGAAUUCUUUUUCUACAACCAACUCUCACUCUUUAAUCACACUGAGGCACAUCUAUUGGCAGGCGACCGCCUUCUCACUAUAUUCGAAAACAAAGUACCCCUCUAUCUUCUUUGAAUUUCUACAAUAUGAACACAAAACCUCACAACCUACAUUUACAACCUCUUGGGCCAAUGACCUGCAGAUCACUGACAACUGCGAAAUAAACCACCAUUUUCGUACAAAUACACAACACCACCAUUAGUUGUAAUAUUAUGCAAGCAAACUAAGAAUAUCUCGCUGGCAUUACUCACCUGACAAGCUCCACACAUUAUUCACAACUGCUACCGAUGUAUGUUGGAGAUGCUGCCAAGGGAGAGGUACAUCUGCAAAUAUAUGGUUGUCAUGCCCCAUUAUCCAAGAAUACUGAAAACGAAUACCCCUAAUUGUACACAGUGCAACGGAUAUACGCAUCCCUUGCACAGCAAAGAUGAUGCUAUUCCUUCUUUAAAAAAAAAAAAAAAUACAAUGUGUGCUGGCACUCAAUUACAUCUAGGUGCAGGUAUUCGAGGUUAAACCCAAAACAACCUCCUAAUCACAAUCAUAAAUAAAUAUGAAUACCGCACUCUAUUUAGUGAUAAAUACAUAUAACACUUGUUGUUAUUGCUGAAAU